AUGGUCAAGCAUCUUGAUCGGAUCAUCGUUUGCCCAGGAGUAUAUGAUGGUCUCUCUGCUCGUAUCGCACUUGAAACGGGCUUUGACGGCAUGUACAUGACAGGAGCUGGCACCACAGCGUCACGCCUUGGAGCGGCGGAUCUGGGUAUCGCACAGCUUUCGGACAUGAGCUCCAACGCAGAGAUGAUUGCUAAUCUGGAGCCUUUCGGACCUCCGCUCAUUGCAGAUAUGGACACUGGCUACGGCGGUCCUCUCAUCAUUGCUAGAGCCGUCCAACAGUAUCAUCGCGCGGGCGUUGCUGCAUUCCACAUCGAGGACCAGAUCGCUCAAAAGCGUUGUGGUCAUCUCUCAGGCAAGGAAGUCGUAGACGUCGAGACUUAUAUCCAGCGUAUCAAGGCUUGUGUCAGUGCCGCAGCACGUCUCCGCUCUGACAUUGUUAUCAUCGCGCGAACUGAUGCCCUGCAAUCUCGUGGCUUCGACGACUGCAUCACCCGCUUGAAGCGAGCCCGCGACGAGGGCGCCGACAUGGGCAUUCUCGAGGGUGUCAGUACUAAAGAACAGGCACUUCAGGCGGUCAAUGAGCUCGCUCCUUGGCCUCUCUGCUACAACAGUGUUGAGAACGGCCACUCGCCUCUGAUCAGUGUCGGGGAAGCCCAAGCCAUGGGUUACCGUGCUAUCAUCUUCUCGUUCGCUGGGAUCUCGCCAGCAUACACAGCUAUCAAGUCAACCUUUGACAGACUGAAAUCGGAGGGUGUAACUGGCAGUGGUGUCACCCCAAAGGCGAUCUUCCAGGUCUGUGGACUUGAGGAGUCGAUAAUGGUGGACACGGUUUCUGGAGGUAGUGCUUUCGCGAAGGGUGUCUAG